GGUACAGCAUGUCUUUUUGUCCAGUUGAGUGAGCUCUGAGAUGGCUGCUGCUGUGAAGAGACAGGAUCCACCACGGGCGGCAAUGACUGCUCCACAUUAUCACAUGCAGUAAGAGACCCCUUAUAUUUCACCAAGGUGUUACUUGGAGGAAGCAGGGAAGUCUUCUGCUCCUGUGAUUGGUGGGUAACAGACAUGUGACUCACACUGGCCUUCUGCUCGGCGUUGCUCUUCCCUCGUGCUCUGUGUGAGGAAGCAUGAGGGAGGAAAUGAAGAGCCAGACAGUCAGGAGAAAGAGAGAGAGAGAGAAAAUGGACGGUGGAGGGAGAAAGCCAGAGGGCAAGGAUGAUGGAGAAGGCAGCAGCAGAAUGGAGGUGAUUGCGAUAGUCAUCAUUAUCCAUUUUAUCACCUACUCAACUUUUAGCGGAUAUUUGCUGACUUUUUUUCUUCCUAUAUAUCCAGUAAUGGGUUUUUUAAUUUCCUUCACAAUUUCAAUGAGUGAGUAUGUUCGUAAUGAAGAACAUGAUGUUAUGACGGCUGAAUAUCUGAAACAGCUCUUGGUGUCUUCCUUUGCGCCUUACUUUCACAGUGUAGUUUUUACUUUUUUACUUCGCUAUCUGGUGAUGAAAUACAGCAAUCCAGUUAUGAGAAGAGAUCCUGUCUUUAGGAUUUCUCCGCGGAGAAAGAACAGUCAUCAGAAUCCUGAAGAGCCCAAUGAAGAUGAUGACAGAGACGUUCAAGAGGAAAGGGCAAGAGUUCAGAGUGCAUUGGCCUCUGCAAAUCAGGAAGAGAGACCAGUUAUCCUUGUCCACAGCCUGCACAAGGAAUACAAAAGUGAAAAGGCUUGUUCCUGUUUCAAGAAAAACAAGGCACGGGGAAAAGUGGCCACCAAAAAUGUCUCUUUUUGUGUUAAAAAAGGAGAAGUUUUGGGGCUACUGGGGCCCAACGGAGCUGGUAAAAGUACCACAAUGAAUAUGAUAAUAGCAGACACAAGUCCAGCUGCUGGACAGGUGCUGAUAAAAGGGGCUGAUGCAGCUGCAACAGAAGAAAAUGCUGCUGGUUUCCUUGGCUACUGUCCCCAGGAGGAUGCCCUCUGGUCCAACCUGACCAUGAAAGAACAUCUGGAGAUUUUUGCAGCCGUGAAAGGGAUACAGAAAGGGGCAGCUGCUAUUGCCAUCAAUCGAAUAGUUCAAGCCCUAGGACUCUGGAACCAUUUAAAAAAGACAACUAAGACAUUACCUGCUGGAAUUAGUAGGAAGUUAUGCUUUGCCCUGAGCAUGCUGGGUAAUCCUACCUUGAUGCUAUUAGAUGAACCUACAGCAGGAAUGGAUCCUAAAGGAAAGCGGCAGGUAUGGAAAGCACUUCAAACUGUACUGAGAGACAAAGAGCAAGGUGCCAUUUUGACAACUCAUCACAUGGAAGAAGCAGAGGCAGUCUGUGACCGAGUAGCUAUCAUGGUGACUGGACAGCUCAGGUGCCUUGGUUCUAUUCAGUAUCUGAAAAGCAAAUUUGGCAAAAAUUACUUGCUGCAAAUAAAAGUCAAGGGAGUAGACCAAGGGGAGCUUCUGAAUACUCAUAUUCUGCAGAUCUUCCCACGUGCAGCUCGUCAAGAAAGGAUAUCCACUUUGUUGGCCUACAAGGUCCCAAUGGAAGAUGCACUGCCUCUAUCAAAGGCCUUCUCCAUGCUAGAGGAAGCUAAACAAAGUUUCAGCUUUGAAGAGUACAGCUUUUCUUUGAACACUCUGGAACAGGUGUUCCUAGAACUUUGCAAAGAGCAAGAGCGUGAUUAUUUUGAUACAGCUCUGGACACAACUUUUGAAUGGAAACUACUGCAGCAGGCUGAUUUCUAAGUUGUUUGUGGCCUAGUCCAAAAAUUGAUGCUUUCAGAAGCGUCAAAGAACUGAUAGCUUGCAUGGAUUAAAAACAGCUUCUCUGCUAUUUCACAUGUUAGGAUGUCUCUUGAUUUGGUGUGUACAUUUCCAAAUAUAGACUACUUAGUUUGAAAAGCUGUGGAAAAUGGAAGAAUAUGUGAAGCAAGAAAGAAGAGUAAAGAAUCGUACAUGUCUGCAAAAUACAAGAAUUGUAACUGCUUCACGCAGUAGCUUGCUUUACUUACAUCAUUAUUAGAGGGAGGGAUGGAGGAAUGGACAGCUAAGGCUGUAAUUCUUCGCAUACUUACUGGGAAUAAUUCCUAUUGAAUACAAUAGGACUUACUUCCUUGUAAACAUGAAUAGGAAAGCAUUAUGUAAAAACAUUUUAAAACCUUGCCUUAAAAACCAUUCCACUCAUUCUCAAAACUUUGUAAAGCACUUCUUUGUAAGGAUGUCUCCCCAUCCCCCAAAUUAGAAGACAGACCCUUGGUUGGAGUGGUUCUACUUCCAGUUUUUGCAGGAUUUCUCCCUCCACCCCCCCCAAUCUUAGACUUUAUAUGUGUAGUCAUGUGUAGAUGAAAUUCAGGAUGAAAAACAUAAUAUUUGAAAAUUAUAUUGGAAUAAUAGUUUACUAAUCUAUAAUACCAAAGCAUAUAGAAUAAAUGUGUUAGCUUCUUAGAUUCCUGGAUACUUAUCUGAAAAAAAUGUAUAUCUGCAUUCUUUUCUAAAGGUAUGCUGAAUUGGUAUGAGUCUGUGAAUCAAGACUUUGUAACAACGUGUGUCUUCAAAUAUAUACCCUGCAUAAAACAGUACUGAUGUUUUUAAAAAAUGUUUUUGUUAUUGUUAUUGAUGGAUUUCUGUUUCUGGAGAU